AUGUCACCUCAGGAGCUUGCUGCACUGCUCUGUGAAGAAGGGGACCACCAUCUCACCCAGCAGGAGUUACCAGUAGCCACUGCCUUCUACACGGCUGCCUUCAGCUGCAGUGCCUCCACAGCAGUACAGAAAGUGAACUCCUUAGACAAGGGGCUCUGGGAGAAAGUUAUAGCCACCCUGGAGAUGUGGUGCAAAGGCAAGGAUGAGAUUCCCAAGAUUCAGAGCAAGAACUUGGCAGUUGUCUCCCUCAGUGUGGGAAUAGCUGCCAUCUUUCUCUCCAGCCUAAGUCCCGACAGUAUCGUAUCCUCAGUCUAUAAAAUGGAGACACUGCUCGGGCGAGGAGGCUCAGAGGAGGUGGUGAGUAGAUGCAAUUCCCUGCUCAAGGCUAACCCGAAGCAUUCCAUGGAACUGCUGCUGCUGAGGGCACUGGCUUGGGUGCUGUUGGGGACAGAAGUUAGGAAGGGAGUUGCAGACUAUAUCCAAGCCUUUGUGAUGCAUCGGGCUGAGGCAGUGGCCUACGUGUGUACCAGGCAAAGGGAACACCUACCACGGAUCAUCCAGGCCUUCUCUAAUUAUCUCUCAACGUGUCAAAAUGAAAGCCCAGAUGGCAGUUCCUUGGACCAGUGGCUGGGCAACUGCUAUGACUUCCUGUCAGCAGUAGCCCCAGGUGAUAUCUGGGUUUCCAGGGUGCAGGCAGCUUACCUCUUCAAGAAAAGCAAAUUUGAGGAGUGUGUGGCAGUUUGUAGCAAGGCUCUGAAGGGCUUCUCAGCUGAUAAUAAUCUCAGAGAUGGGAAAGCCUUGGGUGUGCUUUUGGAACGGGCUGCUGCAUACUUCUUUUUGGGUGGACGGAUGCAGGAAAUGAUGCAGGAUUUAGCAGAAGCCUUUGCAGCAAGCCCUGCCCAGGCACUGAAACACUUCAAAGAGCUUUUUUCACCACAUGACACUGAGAAGAUAGAAGAACAUGCUAGAACUGUCCUGGAGGUGAAGUUUGCAGCAUACAGGGAGGCUGUGCGCGCUCGGACUGAGCUGAGAGGCAGUCGUGGUACUGAGCUGCUCCCUUCUGUUAUCCAGACAGUCCAGUUCCUCCUUCAGAUCUGCCCAGGGUCCAAACGUGAGCUGAGUGUUCGGCUAGCAGACUGUCACCUCUUGCAUGGGCAGAUCAGAACUGCCCUGGAUAUCUGUGACCACCUCUUGUCAGCAGAGCAGAAAACCUACUACAACACUCUCUUAGCAUUGCGAGGAUUCUGCUGCCUUCACACUCAUCACCAUCAGCAAGCCCUGCAGGACUUUCAAAAGGUCAUUGAGCACGAUUCCCCACAUCCUAACAGCUGCAUUAAAGCCUUAUGUGGCCGUGGACUGAUCCGGAUUUCUGGUGGCAGCCAUUACUUGACAGCCCUGGAUUAUAUCACAGCUUGCCAGUUAAAGCUGGAAGAAACCAUCUUCACAAUCAAGUCCUACGUGCCGUGGAACCAAAGAGGACUGCUGCUGAAGGUUCUCCAAGAAGAAGGACAGAAGAUGCUCCAGAAGAAGAGGUAGCCAGGAGGCAGUUCAGCCUGUGGGCAGAAAAAGAAACAGAGCUGUGAAGUUUCCUAGCAGAAAGAGAACUGCUUGGGAAGUAGAGAGGAUGCCCCUGGGGUUUACCAGCUGGCUUCUCUCUUGGUGGAGCUGGACACUUCUGAUGAAGCAUCACGGAUCCUUUGUGCUGAUGCCCUGUACCAGAUGGGCUGUGUUGAAGAAGCCCACAAGCUCCUCUUAGUAGCACUCUCCAGAAAUCCACAAAGGUCUCCCAUCCUGGCUAGACUGGCACUUCUGCAGCUGAAGAAAGGUUUCAUGUAUGAUGGCAACCAGCUGCUAAAGAAAGUGAUCAGAAUUGGAGAUUCCUCCUGCCUCCUGCCAAUCAUGGACAUUUUCAAAGAUGAAGACAGGAAGCUGAUGCAAACUCACUGCCAUUUCAGAGCACUGACCAUCCUGAGGGACAAGCAGGAUGAGGCUGACAUCAAGGAGGCCAUUGCCUACCUCUCCUUUGCCAUCAUUGCUGCAGGUGGUUAUGCUGAAGAUUGUCUUCUGAUCAGGGCAGGAUGUUAUGGGCGCCUCGGUCAGAAGAAAACAGCUAUUUUUGAUUUUAAUGCCAUCCUAAAGGAGGACCCCAGGAACGUGCAGGCUCUGAGUGGACGAGGAUUCAUCUACCUUGCCCUGAAGCAGCAGAAGGAGGCAGUGCAAGAUUUGAUCUCAGCACUGAAGGUGGAGGCAGGAGUAGUGAUUCCAGCAAUCCUGUCUUUAAAGCAUGAAGCCCAAGGCCUGGUCACUCAGUGGCUUCUGCAGCAUGGCAGGACGGCAUUAACUGAGCUUCUUGCUACUAAAGACCUCCCAAAACAAGAAACCCUCAGAGAGCUUCUCCUGGUUGCAAAAGCAUUAAUUAAAAUUUGCAAGGAUUCCCAAUAUCACAUCUUCUACACGGAUGUUUUGAUUGCAAAGGGUAAGUAUGAAGAGGCCCGUGACCACCUCCGGGAGGCAUUUCGCCACUGUCCUGCUGAUGACUUUGCCACUGCCAGACUGGCUGUGCUGCAGCUGAAGAAGAGGAACAUGCCAGUGGCAGCUCACUCCUUCAGCAUCCUAGCCAAGAGAGAUGAAAGGGAGUUGGGGUUCCUCCUGAACUUCAUAGAUGCUAAGCAACAGCAGCAUCUCGCUCAGGUGGCAGCCCAGGAAGGAAAUGUGCUGAUGAAAGAGCAUCGCUAUGAGAAGGCUCUGGGCUACUACACCCUGGCUGUCCUGACAAGCAGAGACAACCCGCGGUACCUCCGGCGGAGAGCUGCCUGCCUCACACACCUGAAAAAAUACCACAGAGCUUUAAAAGAUAUGGAGAAAGUGAUCCAGAGGCAUGGUCACAACAGCCUUAAAACACGUGUGGAAGACCACUGCUCCCAAGGCCACCUGCUGCUAUUGGUUGCUGAGGAAGAAGCAGCCGUUCAGCAGUAUAUUGAGGCACUGCAGUUGGAGGAGUCUGUGGCAUUGCACAGCAUCAUGAAUGGCCCUGGCAGGGAAAUUUUAACCAAAACAUUUCAUAAGAUUGCACAGUAUAAUUUUGAAAUGCAGCAUUAUGAAGAGGCCUGGAAAAUCACAGACUAUGGUCUUAAAAUUGAUAAAAAUACUGAACUUAAAAAGCUGAAAACGAGACUGAAGCGAGAGGCAUCGAGCUGUAGCAUACAUUAG